AUGGGUCAGAUUCUUGAUGGUGAUGCCAGAAAAGAACUCAUCCGAGCUUCUUCUGCGGCACAAUGUGGCGAGGAUUUAUUGCCUACUCAGCAUUUAGAUGCCCCCUCCACCUCCUACCAGUUGUUCUUUAUGAUGGCCUCGACAAAUUCACCUCAGCAUCAAGUAACAAUCCGUGUGGUGUUGCAUCAUUUGAAGGUUGAGGGUAAGUCUGGAACGGAGUUAGUAGGAAACAUUGAACGGGAUAUAUCUGUCCCUUUGUCCAUCACUGCAUGCCAGCUACGUUUGACUAUUAUUGACAACCUACAGCUUCUAUGGUCAGAUUGGUUGGUCGGUUAUGAUUUAUCACUGGAAUCUCUUGAAAUGCACAAAGCGCCAAAAUUACUGAUUUAUGACCCCCACCUGCCUUUCAACAGCACAGAAAAACUUGUUCUCCACAACUUCUUCUUUCAUAUAUCAGGUAAAGAUCCCACCCCAAGGUUUGCCCCAAAUCUGAAGGUAUCAAUUAUCUUGGUGAUGACAAAUGCCCAAUUCGAGGACAUUUUGUCAUGGAAAUCGGAGUGUAAGCGGGGCCCAGGUGCCCAUGGGCAACAAGUGUCUGAUGGAGCAGACACGGACUUGGAAGAAGCGGAACAGUCAGGUGUUUAUGAUCCGAUGGAUGAGGUAUUUCGUGCCGCUACAACAUUUGGCCAGAAACGUUGCAUUGCCCAGGCUUGUGGAGGCUCAAGUGCUCGUGGAGAAUCUAGCUCAAACUCAUCAUCCCAAAGUAGGUCAUCCAGCAUCCCACUCUCAGGUUCGUAA